AUGGUUUCUUUUUCGUGCCAUAAACGCCUGCUAAUUAUCUUUUACAUUUGCUUACCACUUUGUACACUGGCUAGAACUGAAACACCCCCUCCAAUAUUAUCUUCAGGUGUCGACGAUGACCCUUUUACACGUCUAGAAGAACUAUUAAUUAGUGAAGAGUCAUUUCUUGACUCGUUCGAAGUAAACCUUGACUCGAUAGAAGGUGUGACAACUUUACGCGACUGGGGUGAAAACAUCGCUAAAACGGCUGUUAGUGGCAAAAUAAAAAUUGUAAAAGAUAGUCCACCUCCAUCGGUCGUGCAAAAUCUCGCCGCACAUCUUGAGCUUGAUAAUGCACCACUUAAAGGCACAAAUAAUGAGAAUAAUUUCAAAACAACAAAGAAUACUGCAAUUAGUUCUACAGAGAAACAAGUUGAAGCACUGAAAGCAAUGUUGCUCCUUGACUCAAUAUAUGACUCUGUCACUGAAAUUCCGUAUUUUCGUUCCGAGGAAGUAUAUGAGCCUUUCGCGCCGCGUUCCGCACCAGUUGAAGCAAUUUUUACCUCGUUAGCUAUUCGUAGUCGACAAACUGCUGAUAAAUUAUUAGACGACAUUGUUACAGUUACUGCCACCACCACUACCACUUGCUUUACUACAAAUGUAACUUAUUAUCAUAAAUCAGAUCGUACAAUUUUUUAUAAUUCUUUGUCGGCUGGUUUAUCCUCCUCCGUAUUAAACCACGUAUCAAAAAGUGCAGGAAUCGAUACAAAGACUAACAUAUUGAUUGAUGUGAUGAGUGCGUUGGCCAUCCAAGUGCACAUGGUAAAGAGUAUUGCUUCAUUGGCUGGAUUAGACACAAACGAUGAUGCGGUGCGUACAAUGGUUUAUUUAUGUGUCGUAGCAGAUGGCGCGAAAAGUUCAACUGCACAAAUUGCACGCGAUUUAGCUACGAUCGUGAUGCGUCGAAUGGUUAACAAUAUACCAAAUUCUGCAUUAACAGCUAUUAAUAAACGGGUUGCAAUUAAGUUGAUUACAAAGAAAGGUAGUAAAGGAGUAUUUAAGUUGGCCAGAUUAGUGCCAUUAGUAGGUGAAAUAAUCACUUUUCUCUCGGAUGCAAUGUCAACUUAUGGAAUCGGUAAAGUGGCAAAAUAUGUCUUCUGUCCCAUGUCACCCGAAAGUGAAUCAACAUCGCCACCAUCUCAGAAAAAAGAUGAAUUGUAA